UGGCGAGCGACCGAGAUUUUUUGAGAAGACAGCUUUAGACAGAGCCAUGAGAGAAGACUACGAGAUCGAAGAAAAGAAGCAAGCCGCUGCUGAUGUUUUGUUUCAAUAUUCAAAGUUUGUGAUGGCAUGUAUAGGAAAUCAAGUUCGGCCAUGUGACUUGAGGUUGCAUCUAGUGAAGGAAAUCUCUGGGUUACCAACUUCUCUAAAGAGGGAGUCAUCUCAAAGGGAAGCUUCUCCCGAUGCUUUGGGUGAGUCGUCAAGCUCCGGCACAGCCAGACUUGAGAAAUUAGACAGCUUCCGAGCAGUGUAGUGUGGACUUUUGAAGUAAUAUGCUUCAUUAGCGCUGUUGGGUAAUCAAUCUGUGUAUCGCAUUACUGGUAUUCACUAUGAUUACGUAUGCCUUGUCCUAUUGAAAACAUGUAUUCCUAACUUUUUUUCAGAGGUAGGCAUGACCUAGGGCUCAUUUUUGUUUCUGAAA